AUGUCUCGCUCUCCACAGAAGCGCAGUUCGCCACGAAAAACGGACCAGUCGCGUGCAGAAGCAGCGGUAGAUACGCCAAGGAGAAAAACAAAUCGCCAAGUUAUUCCUGUACACACUCCCGGAUACUCUGAGGACGAAAGCAGCAGCGAAGUCACGUCCGAAGACGAAGACGGUGAGGAUGUCGUGUCUGCAGUAGCAUCCUCCUCGCGCACUUUGCUUGAUGGCUCUCAAUCGGGGCUUGUCUCUCAGACGUCUUUCGACGCGUAUUUCAUCAACACCUCCAAACCGUCGCGUACUUCGUCCAAUGUCUUCUCCUCUAUACUUGAGCCACUCAGCGCCGAGGAGUACGCAAAGGCGAUGACAAACGCGUCCAACAGGCUCAAUGUGCUUGACCUCACGCCACUGGACUCUUUCCAUCAAGCAAACUUUCCUCGGUAUCUGCGUGAACUGCACGAAGGCUUCAAUCUACUGUUCUACGGUUUUGGAUCCAAACGUUCUCUCAUCAAUAAGUUCGCAAUCAUCCAAUGCGCCAAACACGGUCAUCUCGUGGUGGCUAACGCCUUCUCUCCGAACUUCACUCUGAGGGACUUUUUGGGAUCCAUAGAGAGCGUGCCCGGGCUCACCGACCUUCCCGCAGCCGCGGGUCAAGACGGCCAGGCGCAUCGCAUCAUCACAUUCUUUGCCAACACUUUGAACAAGCCGCUUUAUCUCAUCGUACAUAACGUCGAUGCUCCUGCCUUGCGAUCUACCAAGGCGAAAAACUUUCUGUCCUCCAUCGGCUUGCAUCCACGCAUCCACAUCGUCGCUACCGUAGACCACGUCAACGCCCCGCUUCUAUGGUCGUCAUCCGAAAUGUAUGCUCGCAAGGUCCCGAUCAAGACCGACGUGCCGGAGAGACGCGGGACCACUCUACGUCGUGGCUACGCCUGGUUAUGGCAUGACUUGACCACCCUUCUGCCUUACGACUUCGAACUCUCGUUCGUGGACCGGUCAUCCAUAUCCGGAGCGUCCGCCUCCGCUGCAGGUCGAGGGCAGCAAGAUACUGCCAGUGGAAAAACUCUGAUCUCUGAGACCGCCGCGGAGCACAUCCUUGCAUCGGUCACGGAGAAAGCCAAAAAACUCUUCGUCAUGAUGGGAACCAAGCAACUCGAGCUCAUCGCGGAGGAGCAGUCGACAGCUCCGUUGACUGCUCAGGACCUGCAGAAAUAUGCGAUCAGUUAUGACUCCCUCUUCAACGCGGCAAGGGACCAGUUUAUCGCUACGAGCGACGGAGCUCUCAGAGCAUUAUUGGGCGAAUUCAGGGACCACGGAUUGGUCGUAUCUGCAAACCUCGGCGGCGCCGGGUCGAGAGAGGUUCUAUGGAUACCGAUGAGGAAGGAACGACUUGCGAGAAUCAUCACUUCGCUGAAAGGAGCGGCAUAG